AUGAAGAAAAUGUUGUCUGCACCAGCAGCUAUUCCAAUUUUGGUGCUGCUGUUGCUGUGGCUGAUGCCAGCGCUGCUGGCAUGUACAUAUGAUGGCAGUCGAUGCAAAGACUGCAUUCUUAAGCAGAUGAAGUGUGGUUGCCCCUCGUGUGUUCCGGUGCUCCGCUGCAUGGCAAAGUGCUUGUGGGGAGGCAGCUCCAGGGCCAACUGCAUUCAGCGCUGUAACUGUGGUAGCAAUGGCAACCCAAAACUCUCUGAUUGUAAGAAAUGCAUGUCUAAGUGCAAGUGCAGUUGCAUGGCUUAG